GACGUGGGGGUGAUGCCCGCGGCGGCCGCCGCCGCCGUCCUGCCCGCCCAGGCGGCUCCGCAGGAGGAGGAGGAGGAGGUCCCGCUCAAGAAAGAGAAGACUCAUUUCACCGUCCGGCUGACGGAGCUGAAGGCCACUGACAAGGUGAAGUUGAUCAAGGAGGUGAAGAACUUCGUGCCAGGAGUGAACCUCGUGCAGGCAAAGAAGCUGGUGGAGUCCCUUCCACAGGAGAUCAAGGCAAACGCCUCCAAGGAGGAAGCAGAGAAGAUCAAAGCAGCGCUAGAGGCGGCAGGAGGGACUGUUGUUCUGGAGUAGUCUCGCCAUGGAGAGACUGGUGCUUCAGCUGCUGCCCGAGCCGGGCUCCGGACCUUUCCGAGUGCAUGUGGCACAGUGGGAGUACUCUCCCGAAGAAUGCUGUACGGUUUGGCAGAGCUGCUACUGCCUGCCAUCACCAUGAACUCUACCUUAUAAAUAUCAAAAAAAACCUGUAAAAUGGUUAAUCUUUCUCAAACGUUGAUUAUCCCCAUGCUCCCCAUUUCAGGGAAUCAGAAUGGUUUAGGGUGGAAGUGACCUUGAAAGAUCAUGUCAGUCUAGCCCCUUGCUAUGGGCAGGAAGAACUUCCACUGCCCCAGGUUGCUCCAAGCUCCAUCCAGCCUGGCCUUGAACACUUCCAGGGAUGGAGCAGCCACAGUUGCUCUGAGCAGGCUGCCCAGAGAAAAUUUCUUCCUAAUACCUAAUCUAAACCUACCCUGAGUUUGAAGCCAUUCCCCCUUGUCCUGUCACUACAUGUUCUUGUAAAUAGUCUCUCUCCAUCUUUCUUGUAGGCUCCCUUCAGGUACUGGAAGUUUGUACCAGCACAUCACCCACCUCCUUACAAUGCCUUUUGCUGACGGUCUUA